AUGGUACCCGAGACGGACUCCUGCUACACCUUCACGGUCCUAGAUGGGGAGACGACCAUUGUUCCCGUGAUCGACACGAUGGACAACGGCCCGUACACGAAGCUAAGCUACAUAUGCGGCGCACCCAUCCCCCGAGGAGAUGAUCGAGAGGUCGACGAUGGUCGUGUCCAUAUGCGCCUGUCCAAGCUCUCUAUCGUCAUCACGAUCGACCUCACGAUACUCUUAUUUUACGUCUGUGGGAAUGUGCCAUUACGCCCUAAAGCGUUGUACUCCUUCCUCUUAAUACAAACCAAUAUCGUCGAAGUCCAGGCAACUAGCGGAUAUCUUCCACUUCCCGGCUACAUAUGUCGCAUGGGAGGGGCUUUAGGGCGCAAGACUGCUGUAGGCGAUAGCAAAUUGAACGCUUCUGGAUUGAUGAAAGAUACUACUUGUGACACUUUUCGUGAGAAUUUCGCUAUACUUAUGCUGCAAGGGAAAUGA